AUGGCAGUUCAACUGACAUACAACUCCAGCCAUGGUGACUUUGCGUCGUUGGAGGAGACGGUGCUGCGACAAUUGUUCAGCCGCUUCUUAGCUUUCCUUGCUUGGCUCGCUCGUGAAUUAAAGGCGGAGGGUACAUCCGCAACCAUGGAGAAAGCUUCACCGCUUCAGGUGCAUCUUCAUGCGUACCUGCAUCUGGCACAGCCUUUUCAUCGCCGUGGUCGCGACGCCUUGCACGUGUUCGAGUUCGAAGGGGUUCGUCCCCACCUGAGCCCCAACACGACUUCAGGCAAGGGCUAUAUGGGUGCGGUUCGCUACGGGCACUUCUAUGUGGUAGUGGACAAGAUUGGCACUUUGUUCAACUCUACAGAUUUCCCACCUUUCAAAGCCUAUGGGGUGGAGGGAUGGUGGUUGGACAACCUUCUGAAGGCUGGGAAAUUGACGCGGCAGACGUAUCUUCGGGUGGCUGCGCAGGUGACAGUCGGAUUUCAAAAGCGAUUGGGAGACUGCAAAGCUGCAGAGCGUUAUCUUCACGACCAGGCUGUUCGAGACGCUGUGCAGGCAGAGUCCAAGGCGCUCGAGUCCGCGAUGUUGCCCAUGAAGACUUUUGGACCAGUCGAGGAGUUUGUGGCUUGCCACGACGGACAGCCUCGCUUCCGCCGUCCAAUCCUUGCGAUCGUGGGCGGCACGCGCUUGGGAAAAUCCAUGCUGGCUGCCCACACUUUGAAGCGGGUGGCGAACAAGUUGGGCUUGGCGGACUUCCUCGAGGUGACAGUAGAGGAUUCUGAGAACAUGGACCUUGCAGAUUUUGACCGCCGUGUGCAUGCCGGGGUUCUUCUUGAUGGCGUCGGAGAUGCCAUGUUCCUGAAAAGGAACAGGGAAGCCUUGCAAGGCCGCCCAAAGAUCGUGAAAGGGGCGAGAUCCGCCACGAAUGUUUUCUCCUAUUCCUAUUCUUUCUGUGGACGGGCAGUUGUCGCAACUUUCGACUUGUCGGCCCAAAACCUGGAAGAACUCCAGACGGACCAUUGGCUGCGCAAUCGUCAGAAUGUCCAACUGUUAAACCUACAGGAGCCAGCCUACAUUGAGCCAGCAAGCUUGAGCGCUGCUGAGAGUGAUGUUACUGACUCACGUUCGGAUCAGCGAAAGCGCAGGUGGGUGGCUUCGCCGGCACCUAAGCGCGAGCUGCACUUCGACGAGUCAGGCUGA